AUGCUAGUCUCAUGGAAACAGAGCCUCGAGGAGAUCGGUUAUCUGGCUUUGGAUGUUUUCACAACCGGUGAAAGGGAUGGCUUGCAAAGAACGCUCCUCUUGCUCUUCACCUGUAGCGUCUCCAGCCUCCUGCUCAGCUUGCUGCUCCUCCUCUACCUCCUUCUAACGCUCAACUAUGAUCUAGCCGUGGCUGGAGGGAUCUCUUGCUGCUUCGGGACCCUCCUGACAGUUGCCCUCUACCUAUCAAAGAGAGUGCGAUGCUUAGGGACUCUAUUUGUGAUAUUUAUUUUUAUGAAGAAGAGUCGAAACCUGCUCCUGACCGCCGGCACCAGUUUAGUGCUACUUAAAAACAUUCGCAACACCUUGGAGAACACCAACGGUCUGGUUCGGAGUAUGAUCUGCAACCUGCAGGCUAAGAAAGCAGCCGUUAUUGCCCCAUUUAGCAAAUAUGUGAAGAUGCUCAAGUGGAUAGGAAACAUGCUAAAAGGAGUAACAGACUUAGGAGUUUUAAACCUUGACCCCCAACUCAAGGUUACUCCCAGGUUGGAAUCAGAACAUUUCCAGAUGAAGCUUGGUGAGGCGGAGCAGAAGCUGAACGCCACAGUGAAAUAUAUGCAGUCCCUUAUGAACACAGUCUCCUCUGUCAGCGAGAAGAUGUUCCCCGCCCUCAGCUUCCUCGUGCUCAUGAUGUUUAUAGCCGUGCACAUAAAAAAAUACCGCAAUGACAUGAAAUACCAAAACAGGUUCGUGAGCCGGAGGUUUGUCGCUUUUGACGAGAAGCAGAAGUCGGAAGGGAAGCCCCACGUGCUCCCCCUCACCCCGGAGGAAGAGAAGCUGUACACCACACUCCCCUCGGGCCGUCCCACCACCAGAGAGGGGAAAGCCAUGCUGAAGUUUGGCGUUCCGGUCGCUUCCCAUCUUGCAGUUUGGGUCAUAUUUAUAACCGUAGAUGCCUUAUUGUACCUCUUUGUCAACAUUGUAACAAAAAAGCUAUCCGAGCUGGAGCCGUUCCAUAUCCCGCUGAUAGUGAGCUUCAAAGGGAUUGCAACUUUAGUAGGUAUACAACUUGGCGAGGAAAACCAUCAAGAAGACUUUUCUUACUCUGUGACCCUGUUUGAAAGGACGUGCCUCCCUAAACCCAAGCUGCUGCUCUAUAACUCUAUCGUUCCUCUGGCGGCCAUUUUGCUCCUCCUGCUCCUGAUGGCGCUGAUCGCUUCCAAAGCUUCACAGAUCAGGAUCAUGGUGUGUGAGCGAUUCUUCAGCAACGCUGCGGAGAUGAGGGUGGAGUAUCUGCAUUCCAAAAUCCUGAAGAAGAGAUUAAAAAACAGGAAGGAGAAAAACAACUUUGGCAAUACAUCACUGUAUCUAAAGCCACAGUUCUGGUGCCCACUGCUCUUCAGGCCCAAAGAACAUCUGCAAACUAUCGCGUAGGAAGUAAAGAUGGACCUUUUUAUUCUAUGAAUAGGAAAAUGUAAAAAAAUCUCCUGAUGAGGACAACUUUGAACAUCGGUUUCUGUGAGUCAGAGAUUCUGUUACCACACCAUCACUUUUUAGUUCCACUUGUACCUCUGGCAAAACUUCCUCCUCUUCAUUUGCACAACUCUCAGAGUGCCUUUCUAAUGUCAUUUUAAUCAGGAGAAAUUUAAUUUUUUGUUUAAAGAACAUUUAUUGACACAUGCGCCAUAUGAUAGAAAUGUUAAUAGUCUUUGGUGAUCCUGAUAUCAUAUCUUUUAAUGGGGAAAUGAAGCUGUGAGUAUAAUAGGAGAAACCCCCUGGGGUCUAGACCUGGUGGUGAUGUUGAAGAUCUGGAUUUGAUGAGGAGAUGGGAAGAAGAGGAUGUAAAGUAUGAUGAGGUGAUGUCUUUGGAUUAGCUCUCCUGGCACCAUGUGAUUACAGGAGGUAGAUGCGGUGGAGACGGGCAGCAGCAUAGACUCCUAAAAUCACAGCUGACUGCAGGAGAGAAGAGAACCAUUUCAAAGUAUGAAAGCAGCACGAUGACUGGCUGCUGGAGAUUGAAGUGAAAUGUAAAAGAGAACGCCCAUGAUGAGCUGAUUAUAUGCAGCUGGCAGUGAAUUAAUGUAUACCCAGUCUUCCUGCUUGAACUUGCGCUGAGCUUCAUUUAGCUGCAAACACAACUUCAUGUUGCACUGUUGAAGAUCUGUUCAGGGCUUUUGAUAAUGAUGAUUUAAAUAUUCAGUUAAAUAAGCUAAAUCAGAUCUUUCUGGUUAGUCAUCAUUUAUUUUAGAUUGUUUCAAAUCAAGUGUUAUUUAUACAUAAAUUAUAUUUAUCAUCAAACUGACCAUUGUAAAGUCCAUUUUUAUGCUGAUGAUGCUUUCUUAUUUGCCAUUGACUCAAAAAGCAGACCUCUUCGGCCGUUGUAAUUAUUUUAAAGUUUUUUUCCAAACUCUCCAAAAAAGUAAUGUAUGCAUUUACUAAGAGCACUGAGCUUUCGUUCACAAUCCGAUCUAUACUUUUAUUAUAACGCUGUACAGUAGGUACAGUACAGCGUUCUAAAGUUUUGUAUUGCAAUGAAUUUUGACAGGAGCAAAACAACAGCAAAUGACAAGUUAGAAUCAAAUGAACUGACAAAUGAACUCAACCUAGCUUAACUAAAUUGACUUGGCACAAGACCAAUCUGACCAAUCUGAUUAUUUAAGCUUUUAAUAGCUCAGUGUGUAUUCUGGUUGUACAUGCUUGGGUUGAAUAGAGUCUAUACAACAUUAAGAAUAACUGGUAACUCAUACUUCAUGCAAUCACUCAAAUGCUGGAAUGACCCAUGAACAUAAACCACAUUUUCUAUUUUAAGACACCUUAUUUACAAAAAAAUCCCCAUUGUGUAUCAAGAUUUGCACGCUGCACUACACUAUAUGGAUUAUAGAAAUGUGUGAUUGAAAUGUGUGACUACUUUAGUUUGUGCGUGUGUUGGAUUGAUUUGUAUUUGUAAAAGUUUCCUAAAUGUAUUUUUUUAAAUACUUUUGAUUGU